UCAAGUAAGUUGUCAUAAUAAACAAAUAUUUGUAUACAUAAGUGUAAUAAUAAAUAAAUGUAUAUGUGUAUAUUAAUACUGGCUAACUCUCCCAACUUUUCAGAUGUCGGUUCCAGGAGUCCUCCACAAAAAAGAUGCUGCAGAAAGCACAGCUAGUACUCAAGAUAUUGGCACUCAAAUGUCCAUACCAGCAUCCGUCCUGAAUGAUGUUCAUGAAGGUCGUCCAAAUGAGCAGGUACAAAGAUAUCAGAUGGAUGCAAUGAAUCACACUCCGGCCUAUGACUACACAGUACAGCGGAAUGAGAUCCUCCAAAGGCACGCCAAUCUCCCCCUGUUGAAUCAUCAGGAGUUUCAAUUCCUAAAUCUGUUAGGGAAAGGAGCAAAAGGAUCUGUUUAUCUAGCUAUGGCUAACAACACUGUCCCAACAGCAGUAAAGGUGUAUCAUUCAGAAUAUUCCACAAAGCUCCAACAAGACAUUUUAAAUGAAUCAAGUAUUUUGUCAAUUCUGCAGGACACUGGUUUUGUGCCGCGGGUUUAUGGAUUACUUCCCGACCAAUCCGACGUAAGAAAACAUAUGCUUGUACAGGAGUUUUAUGGAAACGGAAGGACACUCUGGUCCAUACUUAAUGGAAGGGACCCAAAUGUUGUUAUUAACACUGAAAUCAAAAUCAAUAUUGCUUACCAGUUGGUGUUUGCACUCAAGGCCAUCCAUGACAAAGACGUCCUGCUGAAUGAUAUCAAAUCUAACAACGUCCUUGUCGACACCAGUACGCCUGACUUCAGAAUAAGAUACAUUGAUUUCGAUCUGGCCACAUUCCAAGGCAGCUAUCAAUAUUCCAUCCAGAGAGGAAACGCCUUCGCAGCCAUUUUUGGAGGGCAAACAUUUUCCUGGCUUGCCCCAGAAGUGAGAAUUGGUGGUCAGACCACACCUCAGUCAGACAUAUACAGUGUGGGAUAUUUGAUAUCCGAGUUGCAGUGCACAGAAUUACAAGAAAUUGUUUUUCUGUGCACUCAGCAAAAACCAUACCAUAGACCUGAACUCAGCAUAAUUUUAAACAUGGUAGAAUUUAUAAUGAGCGUAAACUAGACAUGAACUGUAUGGAAGUGGCUUGUGGUUUUAAGUAAUAAGUUUAUUUUUCACAUUUUCAGUACACUUGUGUGCUUGAAGCUCAUUUUGGAGGUGCUGGUGAUAACCAAUUAAUUAGCUUUACAUAUUUUCGGUACACCUCUGUGCCUUUUUACAUUGCUUUAUGCAUUUUCAGCACACUUUUCUGUGCUUUUAGCCUUCAUUUUAGAGGUGGAUUGUGAUAUUUUGAUAUUCUAAACCGAUAAACUUUAUGCAUUUUCAGCACACUUUUCUGUGCUUUUAAGCCUUUAUUUUGGAGGUGCAUUGUGAUAUUUUGAUAUUUCAAAACAAUAUGCUUUAUGUAUUUUCAGCACACUUUUCUGUGCUUUUAGCCUUCAUUAGGUUGAUUGUGAUAUUUUAAUAUUUUAAACUGAUAAGCUUUAUGCAUUUUCAGCACACUUUUCUGUGCUUUUAACCUUCAUUUUGGAGGUGGAUUGUGAUAUUUUAAUAUUUCAAAACAAUAAGCUUUAUGCAUUUUCAGCACACUUUUCUGUGCUUUUAGCAUACAUUUUUUAGAUGGAUUGUGAUAUUUUGAUAUUUCAAAAUAAUAAGCUUUGUGCAUUUCUAGCACACUUUUGUGCUUUGUGCAUUUCCAGCACAUUUUUUGUGUGCUUGAUACACCUUUAUUUUGGCUUGUGAUAUAUGUAACCAAUAGGCUUUGUACAUUUCCAGCACACUUUUGUGCUUUGUGCAUUUCCAGCACACUUUUGUGCUUUGUACAUUUUCAGCACAUUUUUUGUGUGCUUGAUACACCUUUAUUUUGGCUUGUGAUAUAUGUAACCAAUAGGCUUUGUACAUUUCCAGCACACUUUUGUGCUUUGUGCAUUUCCAGCACACUUUUGUGCUUUGUACCUCCAGUUUGAAGGUAUGUUGUCACCAAAUUUUCCUCAUUGUUAAAGAAAACCUCUGCUAUUCCACCAUUGAUAUAUACUAAGCUUUGAGCAUUUACAGCAAAUCAAUCAUACCUAAUAUAUAUCUUGUGAACAUAUUGAAUUCUGUACAUAAUUGUACAGCCUGCCAACUCAUUCACUUUGUAACUUUCAAUCUGUAUUUAAGUUAAUGUGUACAUGUAUCUGGUGAAAAUUUAACAUAGCUCAAAAUCUACAAAUACAAAUAAUAUAUUUUUUUGUUAAGAUUUUUAUUAGAAUUAAUUCUCAAAUGAACAAACAAACACAUUUGUGUGCUUGAAGCUUCUUAAACUUCUUGUUAGAGGUAGCUUUUGAUAUUUUAAUAUUUCCAACCAAUUUGCUUUAUGAAUAUUUAGCACACUUUUCUGCGCUUUUAACCUUCAUUUUGAAGGUGGUCUGUGAUAUUUUCAAUAAGCUUUAAUGCAUUUUCAGCACACCUUUGUGCUCUGUACCUCAACUUUGAAGGUGUGCUGUCAUAAUUUGGCCAUCAAUAUUGUGUGUAUUUUAAUACUUAAUUUUAUUGAAUUCUGUACAUAAUUUUAUAGCCUGCCACCUCAUUCACUUUGUAACCUUCAAUGAUCAUUUAAGUUAAUGUGUACAUGUAUCUGGAACUUGUAGAAAUUAUGUUUAGUGUGUUAUUUAUACAAAUAUGCAGUAAUUUUUAUAUCGGAAUCAUUUCUCAAAUACACAAACAGAAUUUUCUGAAGGUUUAUAUUUAAUGUCAUCCUGAAUAUGUAUAUUUUUUAUAGAAUAACUUGUAAAGUAUUUUGGAGACAGGGUGGGGACAAAACGUGAUUUACAGAACAGGAUGCGAACCUCUGGCACACU